AAAAGAUUCGGCCUCUAAAGCUCUAACCAAACCAGUCAAUCCAAAUUAUGGCUAUUACGAGGAUAUUUUCUGGUUCUUUUCUUGUUCUUUUCCUCCUGGCAAUCACCCGUAUCUCUGUUGUGGAAAUGACAGCGGUAUCCAGAGGAGUACUGUUGUGGAAAGCAUGUCGCUGGAAGGAAAAGAAGCAUGUAACCCUAACGACUUGUACACAGACGUUCUCUGGGCUCCAACAUCUGAUUGCACCGUUUAUUGUACAAACUGGUGUAGAGAUGCAUGUGUUUCCAAGUUCAGUAGCACAAUGGUCAAUAAUAAAUGCACGGUAGCUAACAACAGUGUGCAUCGCGACUGUUGCUGCAAAAACAAUUUUCCACCACCACCCCCUCCAUCGCCACCUCCACCAUCACCGUCGCCACCCCCUCCAUCACCACCUCCACCAUCACCGUCACCGCCCCCUCCGUCGCCACCCCCUCCUUCACCACCUCCAUGUCCAUUCCCAGAACCAUGCUCUAGCUGCGGAUGUUGCAACACGGACAUCAAUAUUCAGAUCUCUGUAAAACAAGGCGGCAAUGUCAAACUAUGAACACCGUCAUCAUCGUCUGUUGCUGAUCAUAGCCUCUGAUAUCCAUUACUAUGUCUGCACUGUGUACUUGAUCAGAAUACUACUGGUCACACGUUUAUCUCUUUGCUAGCUAGCUACAACAAUAAGAUGAAGAAAAGUAUCAAUUAGACUCUAAAUACGUAGCAACUACAGUAUUAACUAAUUUUAGUUAAUUUGGAGUUUGAAACUCUGAAAAAAUUAA